AUGUCUGCGAUCAAAUAUCAUUUAGGAGAUAGCAUAUUACAGGCUGCGUUCAAAGAAAUCGAUGAGUUAUUCGGAACAGACUGGGUUGGAGAAGCCUACAAAAAACUUAGAAAGAGAUACGAAGAGGGUGAGAAAGCCCCUGAGCUUUUAUGGCGGCUGGCACGAGCAACACUAGAGCUGGCAGACAUUGAGAAUGACAUGGCAAGGAAGAGAUAUUUGAUCUUGGAAGCCACAUCGUGUGCAGUAGAAGCUGCGAUUUACGAUGAAAACAACAUCAAUACUCUCAGAUGGGCCGCCGUUGCUACCGCAUAUAACAGCGAUUACCUUUUCGAAAUGGACAAAAUUCUUGAGUUUAAGAAGACAAUUGAAUUCACCACAAAGGGUCUAAGAUUGAAUCAAGAUGAUUAUAUUCUGCUAUUCGUCAGAGGGAGAACUAUAUUUAAUCUCUGCAAUCUGAAUUCCAUCGAAAAAAGGUGCGUGAAGCAGGUCUUUCGCUUGAACGGGAACGAGCCAUCACCCACAGUCGGAAGGGCGCGCUGGUACUUUCUUAAAUCGUACGAAAUCGAGCCGAAGUACCUUCCCAACCUACUGUACCUAGCCCUUACUCACAUUUCACAAGGCGACAAAGACGAGGCGAGCCGAUUUUUGCACGAGGCCGUGGAUCGCAGAGUGGAAGGCAGCAACGCUACAGUACAAGCGGAGUGUGCUGAGAUACUUAGACAUACAAUGUCGACAUCUCUUUCGGAUCAAUAA